AUGGAUGAGAAGUAUGAUCUUGGAAAGUCGAAGCAUAAAAGCUUAACUGUUACAUAUUCUCAUCAUUUGCACGUAGAAGUUUAUUGUGCCGCUAUUGAUUUGCAACUUCCGGAGCUUAACAGUCAUUUUAGUGAAGUGAAUAUUGAUCUGCUUCUUGGUAUGGCUAGUUUGAGUCCCGAUGAUUAUUUUUCAAAUUAUGAUAAAAACAAGAUUAUGAAACUUGCUACAUAUUAUCCAAAUGAGUUCACUGCUUCCAAGCUUGAAGAUCUUAGUUUUGAGCUUGACAAUAAUAUUGACUAUGUGCGAGAAAUGGACAAUGCAUUCUCUAACUUGAAAGGGCUUGGCGAUCUCUCGAAGACAUUGGUUAAAAAAAAUAUUCACAAGACAUCUUGUUUAUUUGCUUGUGAAGCUGAGUUUGAUAUUACCUAUGGCUACUGCAACGGUUGA